UGAAAAGAAAGUGCGUCUUUGCAAAGACAUUCAAGGGGUUACAGAAAAAAAGCUUUCAUUGCCCAAAUAAUAGCAAGUAAUCAUUUUCCCCAAAAAUAGUAGGACAGAAGUCAAUGGUCAAAAUAGAAAAACUGUCCUCAAAUAAUGGAGUCCUUUUGUAAAAACAAGUUUGAGAAAGAGAGUGUUUCUUUCCCUUCUGUUUGUUUUCUGAAUUUCAUCUCUGAAGAUAAACAAGAAAGUUUGAAUCUGUAGGCAGAAAACAACAUAAUUUUUUCAAUCCAAAACGACGGAGAAACAAAGAAGAAAAGAAAUGUGGUUAUCAAAGAGCAGUGACAAGAAGGAUGGUGCAGGAAAUGGGUCUGUGGCAGUAGCUGUAGACAGAGAUAAAUCAAGCCAACAAGCUCUCAAAUGGGCUGCAGAUCAUCUUGUUACAAAGGGUCAAUCGAUUUUCUUAAUUCAUGUCAAUCCCAAACCACCAUCUUCUCGUUCUACACAAGGAAUGCAGCGGAAGGUCGUACCACUAUGUCGGACGGCACCGAAGUAAAAAUAUCGUCCAGAAGAGCGCUCGACAGCAACGAUGUUUUCCUUCCCUUCCGUGUCUUUUGUUCACGAAAAGAUAUACAAUGCCAAGAUAUAACACUGGAAGCCACAGAUAUAGCAAAAGCAAUAACAGAGUUUGUUGCCCACUCUUCAAUUGCAAAUUUAGUCGUUGGUGCUUCCUCGAAGGGCGGGUUUUUCAAGAGGUUCAGAAACACAGAUGUUGCAAACGGUGUGUCCAAGGGAGCACCAGAUUUCUGUACUGUGUAUAUUAUCUCCAAAGGGAAGAUGUCAUCCUUACGGUCUGCCUCACGGCCAGCCCCUGCCCUACCCCCAUUCAUGACCAAAAUACCGGACCAUGAACCACCACUCUCAAGAGAUACUAGCACAAGAGACACAAAACCAGAGACUCGUAAAGUGCUUGAAAACCUGGACUCCAUCAAGUCACCUUUCGCGAGAGGGGGGGGUAUGAAUGGAAAAGUGUACACUGAUUUCUCAUUACCAGAAACAGAUAUAUCGUUUGUGAGCUCUUCUGGUAGACCAAGCACAGACCAAAUGUUCCCUUCUUUCUACGACCAUCUGGAUACUGAUCGAAACUCAAGAUAUUCCACCAGCUCGGGUACACCAAGUUAUGACGGUUAUAGUUUUGACUCGAUGCAAUCAGCACGCAAGUCAAUCGGGUUCUCGAUGGCUUCGCAGGAGAGUGGGUUUUCACAUAGGUCAGCAAAUAAUGAUGAUGUGGAUGAUGAGAUGAGGAGACUAAAGCUAGAGCUAAAGCAAACAAUGGAGAUGUACAGCACAGCCUGCAAAGAAGCGCUCACUGCACAACAGAAGGCAACAGAGCUUCACCGCUGGAAAAUGGAAGAACAACAGCGGCUGGAGGAUGCACGGCGUGCUGAAGAAGCAGCGAGAGUGCUUGCAGAGAGAGAGAAAGCAAAGUGCAAGGCAGCAAUGGAGGCUGCUCAAGCAUCUCAAAGGGUUGCAGAGUUGGAGGCACGUAAGAGAGUUAGUGCAGAGAUGAAAGUACUAGAAGAAGCUCAGGAAAAGAAGAAAAUGUUUGAAACUUUUUCAAAAUCUGAUAUCAGGUACAGGAAGUACACAAUUGAGGAGAUUGAGGUAGCAACAGACCAUUUUAAUGAAGCUCGAAAGAUUGGAGAAGGAGGUUAUGGACCUGUCUUUAGAGGUCAUCUCGAUCACACACAGGUUGCCAUUAAAAUACUUCGACCAGAUGCAGCUCAGGGAAGAUCACAGUUUCAGCAGGAGGUUGAAGUUUUAAGCUGCAUCCGGCAUCCUAACAUGGUUCUCCUCUUGGGAGCCUGCCCAGAGUAUGGUUGUCUAGUCUAUGAAUAUAUGGCUAACGGGAGUUUAGAUGAUUGUCUCUUCAGAAAAGGAAAUAGACCACCUCUCUCUUGGCAAUUGAGAUUUCGAAUUUCUGCAGAUAUUGCUACUGGAUUGCUUUUCCUACACCAGACAAAACCGGAGCCAAUAGUGCACCGAGACCUAAAACCUGGCAACAUUUUACUGGAUCGCAACUAUGUUAGCAAGAUUGCUGAUGUUGGCCUGGCUAGACUUGUCCCUCCUUCUGUGAAUGAUUGUGUUACACAAUACCGAAUAACAUCGACGGCGGGGACUUUUUGUUAUAUCGAUCCUGAAUAUCAACAAACGGGAAUGCUUGGUAUAAAAUCAGAUAUUUACUCCCUCGGUAUCAUGCUUUUACAAAUAAUCACCGCCAAACCACCAAUGGGUCUGACACAUCGUGUAGAACAGUCUAUAGAGAAGGAAACAUUUGCUGAUAUGCUGGACCCAGCCGUGACUGAUUGGCCUAUGGAAGAGGCCUUAUCUUAUGCUAACCUAGCGAUAAAGUGUGCAGAGUUGAGGAGGAAAGACAGGCCUGAUCUUGCAAAGGUGAUUUUACCAGAGCUUGAAAGAUUGCGAUCGCUUGCUGAUGACUGCAUGCCAAACAUGAUCCCGGGAAGUGCAAAUGCUUCACCGAACAACAGUUAUAUUGCCACGAACCAGGAAGUGAUGAGCGACCCUCACUUAGUAUCAUCAGGAUUUGAUAGCUCGAUAAGCAACUCAUCUUUACCAGAAAAGCAGUCAAGGUCAGAAGCGUAAAUAAAACUAAGGUCUUGCAGCCUUUCUUUCAUACUAGAUAUAGGAUAUGAAGGCAAGGAGGUGAAUUCAGCUCCAAAACAUGUAUAUAUAUAGAACUGUUUUCCCAGUCUGGUCGAGUUAUCAUCAGGUAUUUGAGAAGGAACAAGUGCUUGGGGUACAGUACUAAGUUUGUGUUAUAAAGUAAGAAAGUGAAAUAUUGAGAUACUUUGCAGAAAGAACAGAUAGGCUUUCAUGAGACAAGACAAACGCUCGAUUACUGAAUGCAUAUGUCACCAAUUUGCUUUGGAGAAAGUAAACUUACAGUGGUUCGCUUUUCCCAGCUAUAGAUUCUGAUCAAAAGCCAUUUUCUCAUGUAACCAUUUUCUGCAAAUGAAAAAAAAAAAACAUGAAUCAAGUGUUACCGCUUACCACUCAAUACAUUGAACAUGUUGCAAAAGAUGUGCCAGAAAAACAAUUUCAUAACAGUCUGUAAUAUAAAUUCUCGAAUACCUGAUGAUAACUGGACCAGAUUCGAAAACUAUGAACCGACAUAACACCUCUCAAUAAUUCCAAAAGAUUUGGUUACUACGGUACUUUUUCUUGA